GUGUGUGCGACAUGAGGAGUCACCGGCAGUACCCGGCACCCGUCAGUCGUACGAGAAUUGUCCGGGAGUCAACAGGUGCCCCAAUCAAGCAUUCAACGAAUUUUCUUCAUUUUUUUUUUGUAAAUCAAAAUCAAACUAGACGAGUUCAAGUGUCUCAUUAAAACAAUAUCUAAAUACGUGCCAUGAUCGACAGGGGUCGGCUCAGCAACACGAAAUAAUAAAUAAAUAAUAUCGUCGAUAAACAAACGAGAGGAAAAUUGAAUAAAAAAAAUGACGUUGAAGAUGAUGUUGUUGGCGAUACUGGCCACGUGCCUGGUGAUCCGGGCGGAGGUGCCGAAGCCCAGCUACGCCAGAACGAUGCUGAAGGUGGGUAGAAGUCUCCCCGGUGAGACCCAGGAGCUGAAGGUCCGAACGAGUGAGGGAAACAUCGCGACGCUGAUCGUAAAACGUCGAGAAAAAUCAGACAGUCUCGAUCACCCAGACAGCGUCACACAGUCAGUAGAGGAGCGAAAACCGGAGGAAAUCAACAGGAACGAGCCGACGUUCUUCAGACUGAAUACCCAGACACCCUCUACCUCACCGGAAGACGAUGACGAUAGGUGGACACCCCUGGGGGACAGCACUCCCUCCAACACUCUCGAGCCGACGACAGAGUCCUACCUCAGCUGGAAGCCCCUUCCCUCAGACUCCACCAGAGCAACCACUGAGGAGCGGACGAAUUACGGUCUGCUCUUCGCUCGAAAUUUUCAUCAACGAAGCGACAGGACUCUGGAGUCGAAGGACCGAAGGACCUACACAGUCCUCCCGCAUCCGCGUCCCCCUACCAGAACCAACAUCGGUGCUAAUCUCUCGAAAAAUCGCGACGGGAAGAACGUUCCCCCAGAGGUCACCGUUCGCUCGGAGAUCAACGUCAAAAGCUUUCCGAAAAGAACGCCAAUGUCUAUCGAUGCCGAUGGGACACCUGUGAUUCACGGAAAACGAGUGCCAGAUGAGCCAAUUGAUAAAAUCCAGACGUGGAGAAAUGCACGAGUCAUCAACAAUAAAUUAGUUUCGGACGCAACGACACCGGAAGCCGAGGCAACCUCCGAGACCGGCUCCGAGAAACGGAGAUUCGAGAGAUUCUUCCAGGAUGUUAAUAGAAGCACCCACCAACAGGCGUUAACCCCGGAACUCUGGCUUCGCAGGUACGGCCGAAACUUCGACGAGGAGCCACGCAACGUCUACUACGAGUGGGAUCCCCCACGUCAUCGAAAUGUGGUAUUAAAUGCCGACAUUUACGAAAACGGUAAUGAGCACUAUCGCUCCAACAUUCAGAAGCGAAUGCUCCAUCCAGAAUCGACACAGGUUUAUCCAAACUCCCAGAUGUACACACCAGAGAGCCAGAAGAUCGCUCCGCUUCCCCUAAAACCCGGACCCCGUGCCCCAGUUCUCCAAUACGCCCACCCAGAGUUGGGUGUGCAGCCGGCAAAGAUCUUGAAGAUCGAGAAGAAACGCCCGGACAACUUUCCGGAGAACCAGAACUCCUUCACAGAGCAGAGGCACAAGAAGAAGUACGUGCUGAAUGACAAAAAUGUUAUCGACUCGUACAGCGCGAAGAACUACUACCCUAAUCAGCAAUUUUACGGUCUGAAGCGGCCCUCGGAGCCGCCAUUUUGGGUGAAGAUAUCUGAGAACCUGAAGACCCAGUUCUCAACGGGGGUUGAAAAGGUUUCGCAGUUUACGAAGCCAGUCUUCGAUCCGCUUGUGGAGGCGACUCAGAAGAUCUCCCAGAAUCUGGGCCUCUCUCGGGGCCAGUCCGCUCAGGACAAAGUGGGAACGGUCCCCGCGGGCUCAUCUAUUCUGAUCCCAGCUCUGGGUCUGGUAGCAUCUGGCGCUGCUCUGGGAAUCGGUGCAGUCGCCGUCGGAAGAUUUUUGGAUGUUGAUGUGAUGAAACGAUCCAGCGAGAAUGAUGAAGACAGCGAGGAAUUGGAGAACCAGCGGGCCCUUCAGGGAGUGUCUGACGGACUGGAAUCUCGUCGAGGGGCUCCACUCGCCCCCGAGGAAGGCCACAAUCCUAGAAACGAAAGACGAAGGAGGAGUCUGGACGAUGGUACUCUCUUCAGCCUUCCCAGUGAGGAAGACGAUACCAGAACCAGAAGGUUGAGGAGAACCGGGGCGGACAAUCUGGUGGAUAUAGUGGAGAUUGACAUACCGUCCAACAAGAACGAUGUUAUCCUCCUGCUCGAGGACAACCGUCUUCGUUACAACGAUCUGACUGACGCCCCCAGAAGUCGACGGAGCCUGAAUGACAGGGAAUUGGAGAAUGCCCUCCAGGAUCUCCAGAACUCCGAGACAUCUGAUAAGCACAUCAGUGGGGAGUGGACGCACACCCCCUGCGCCAAGAGAAUAUUCUGCGAUGCCAUGAUCCAACAUGGCGGCGACGCCUCAAUGGUCAUGGAGAAGAAGAUGGAAUCGCUUCUUCGCCUGAUUCAGCCCGAAGCAGCUGUUCAGGUGUCGAGUCACUUCCACGAGGUCAUGGAGGCCGUCAGAAGACACGACUGUUCGAGAUUCCAGUGUCCACAGACACGUUCCACCGACGUCUUCAUCUAGACUAGAAGCAUCUCCAGAUUAGUAUCACGAGUGGUUAGCCACUGGAACAGCGAAAAAAUGUUCAAUUAUUUUUAUUGUGGGGACAUUAAAUGUUUCAACAUCAGGGACAAAUUUCCACAGGGUACGGAGAUGUGAAAAAACAGCAGUGAAAAAUUUAGUGAAUUCGUUACUCGAUUCUAUUGGAUUUCUAUUGAACUUUCUAGCAGUUGUCGAUCCGUUCGAUUGCGAAAUUCCGCAGCGUAUUUUUCCAUUCCUUCUUGUUUUAUUUUUAAAUUAAUAAUUAGAAGAAAAACAGAUGAACACAUGUCUGACAAUAGCAUAAUUAUUCACUAGACUCGAUCAAACACUACGACAGAAAGUUUAAUAAAUUUCUUUAUCAAAUUCGCUAGAUUUUUCCGUGAUAUCUCUUCGUGCGUGAUGGAAAUCCCUCGCAAACCUGAAUUUAGCGUAAUGACGCAGGACUGCAAAAACAAUGUGCACAUGUUGCUUUUAUGAUUAAACAUACGAUAUAUUUUAUUAUUUAAUCAUUGUGAGAAUGCCUGGUACACAUGUAUUUAUUUCAACCUUCGAUUUACGUAGAUAUCUAAGAAUUUAAUUUAAAUAAUUUUAAUUAUCUGUAUUCAUUCACGUGUAUGAGUGUUAACAGGCUAGUUGCAUAUGAAAUAAAAUAAUUUUUUUUAAC